AUGCAUUUCACCAACAUUCUUUCAUUCACUUUGCCAUUCUUGGCUCUGGCCUCGGCUGUUCCUACUGAGGGACAGAAGCCAGGAGCAGGAAAAGGACCCGGCUCCUUGGGCGAACAUGGAUUCGCUAAAGGAGGGCCACCCGAAGGAUUCGAAGGAGUCGAAGGAAACGGGAAGGACGGCCCUCCAUUCGGAGACGACUCGACCCCAUUCGACGCUCGUCAACAACACAAGCGUGCUCUUGACGUCAACGCUGACCUCAAGGAGUGCAAGUCUGACGGAAAGACUUGUGUGACUUAUACGGCCGUUCCAGCAGGUAAGCUCCAAGGAGAAUGCAUCAACCGACAUCAGCCAGAGGAGUAUGCUGGAUACAUCCACGUACAGCACGGACAGUUGAUGUGCGAAUACUACAGCGAUCCAGAUUGUAGUGGCUGCAAGGCUGGCCCAUGGUCACGCAGGGAGCGACAGUACAACUUUAACGUGUACAGGCAGGACAAGGCAUGGCCAGUUCAGGUCUACAACCCACAGAGUGUGAAGUGCCGAAUCAUUACCUUUGACGUUGGUCCAGUCGACAACGACUAUUAUGACCGCAAACAGUCUCAAUCCCUUCGCAUCGCCCCUCCUGCCGCCCACCCAUCCACCACAACCAACACCCAAUCCUCCAAACUCUCCUCAACCUCCUCCUCCGUCUCCCGCGGCGCACCCUCAGCACCCGGUCUCCCCGACACCCUCCGCCUCUCCCAACAAACACAAUCCUCAUCCGCCUCGCAAAUCUCCUCUACACACCCUCUCGAAGCCCGCCUCUCCCAAUGGCAACAAACCCAAGCAAACCUACAGUCUACCCUCCUCCGACGCACGUUUGGCAUCGCUCUCCCGCUACGAAUGGCUAUGGAGCAAAAGAUUGUCGAUACGUCAGAUAAUUUCCGUCCGAGUGUGCUGGGACCGGUCAAUAGUGUGCAUGGCGAUAUUUUGAGGGGCAGAGACGCGAGUAUCGAGUGGGAGGAUGUGUAUAAUGGCCAGGAUGGGUUGAGAGGGACGGUCGAUAGAGGUGGUGAUGGACAGGGUGUGGGUUGGACGGAGGAGAUGGAGAUGAAGGUUGGCAUGGGAAGAUGGUAG